ACAUCCUCCUCCCAGUGCUUGGGCUGUUUCUGCCUCUCUCUCUCAUCAACAAAUCUGCUCCCUGAGUGGAGAGAAGACCCCUUAACCUCAUCCACACCAAUUCCUCCCAGUGUGUCUCCCUCUUCAUUUCACCAAAGCAAAAAAAGGUCCAAAGAGGGGGGGAAACAACCUUCUCAAGAGCAAAACCAGAAAAGAAGCCUCUCUGACAGGAAUGGCUUCUGACCCAUCGUCACCUGCAGUGGAGGAGGGUGUUGAGGAUGAGGAGGAUGAAGUGGAUGUGAACCUGGAAGAGGCAGAGAAUGGGACUGCUGGGAAAACACCUAGUACCCGGGGGACCUUGCUCACUCGCCGUGGGAUUACUCUACGUGUGCUUCUCAAAGACAGAGUCAUCCAGCCAGGAGAAGGCCUGCUCUCCAUUCACUAUUUAGGGAAGACGUUUGUGGGGGACCUGUUACCCGAUGGGAAGAUCCGAUGGCAAGAAACCAGCCAGGUUUUCAACUCUCCCAGUGCCUGGGCCACGCACUGCAAGAAACUAGUCAACCCAGCCAAGAAAUCUGGCUGUGGCUGGGCCUCUGUGAAGUACAAGGGACAAAAACUGGAUCAGUACAAGACCAUGUGGCUGAGGAAGCAGCAGCCACCCCUGCAGGCUGUGGAAAUGAAUUUGGCCAGUGAAGGAGAAGAUGAGGAAAUUCCUGAAGAGGAAGACCUUGAAAACCGUGGCAAGAAGGUUCCCAAAUCAGAUAAUCAGCUCAAGAAUGUAGAAGAAAAAGGCAGAAAAUUGCAAGCUAAGGGCUCUCAAGACUCUAGGCUGAUGGACAAUGGGCAUAACAUAAAGAUAGCUGGCAACAAAGACUUGGGCCCCGUUCAAUACUCCGUGAUUGGCAGCAGAGACUCGGGAAGGGAUCCUCACACACUCGUCGAACUGACGUCAUUUACAUCGGUGAACAAAUUCCAGCCCUUUAAUGUUGCUAUAUCAAGCAAUGUGCUGCUGCUAGUGGAUUUUCAUUGCCACCUGACCACCAGUGAGGUGGUGGGCUACCUCGGAGGGAGGUGGGACACAAGCACACAGUUGCUGACAAUUCUCCGAGCUUUUCCAUGUCGAAUACGACUUUCUGACAAGGACUCUGCCUCUGCGGUCGAAGAAGAGAUUUGCCAGAACCUAUUCCUACGGGGGUUAUCGUUGGUCGGUUGGUACCACAGUCACCCAUACACACGUGCCCUGCCGUCUCUGCAAGACAUUGAUUCUCAGAUGGGCUAUCAGCUGAAACUACAGGGAACCACCAACAGCUUCCAGCCCUGUCUAGCACUUAUCUGUGGGCCGUAUCAUCAUGGAAGCACCAACUUGGAAUCAAAAAUUACUCCAUUCUGGGUUCUGCCUCCUCCAGAGCAAAAGCCCAAUGAUUACGGCAUUCCCAUGGAGGUAGAGAUGACAUAUGUGCAGGAUACAUUUCUAACCUCUGAUGUCCUACAUGAAAUGAUGCUUCUGUUGGAAUAUUACAAAGCAGCUCCAGACAUUGUGAAGUUCAACAACAAAUGGAAUGAGGAGACAACAUAUUUAGAUAAAGUAAAGGGAUCCCUGGCCAAUAAAACACCAAAGGACCAAACCUUUGUAAAAGUUCUGGAACACAUUUAUUACCAGCUGGGUGUGUGCAGUUAGUUAACCUCAGCUGGAUUCUUAGCCUCGUUGAAAAGAAACAAAGCUGGGGAAAAAAAAGGGAAGGAACCGAGAAAAGUGAAUGUGGAAAUUAUCCAGAAGAGAUCACGGUCGAAUCGGAAUGUGAUUGUUUAGUGUUUUCUGUUUUGAAUAGUUUUUGUGGUAGAAGCGGAAACUGAAUGUUGACACCAAUUUCAGUUGGUAAACUGUUGGUGUCUUAGGUUCAUGAUAGAAAGCCAGCGGGAAUGCAAAAUGUUAAAUAUUGAGACCUUCAGAGACACUACAUUCAAGCAAUGAACUGAAGAAUGUUUUUGGGGAGUGAUUUAGUUUUCCCUUCUCUAUCUCCCUGUGGUCUAGUACUUUCACAAGCUUGCAGGAUGAGCUGGAAUCCUGUUGAUGAGUUAAACAUGAAAAGCCUGAUCCCUGGUUUGAAAGCAUGCCAAGGGACUGUGGAAACAGGGCCACGAUAACAAAAUCACGACACUGAAAGGAGAUAUCUACACAGUAUUGAUUACCGAGGGUGGAAUGUGACAGGAUUGCUGCAAAGCCUGCAGGUGAUUCUGACUUGAAGACUCGUGCAUUUUUAAAUAGUUUAGUACAAAGUUAAGAUACCAACGCCGGUUUAACCUGACAUUCAUCGGUCUGACAGUGUGAGAAGAGCUGGCGGAGAGUCUCAUCACCUUCUUUGCAGAUGGGCACAACUGAGUUGGGAACCUCCCACAGGUGGAGAAACUACAGGAAGUACCAGCAAUCCAUGUUACUGGGAACUCCAAUAUAUGUGAUCCUAUCACCCUGCCUCAGAGAAUGAAAGCUUUCUAACUCCAUGCAGUCUUGUUGCAUUGAUUUGCAGUUUCCCCAGUCCAAUUGGAAUCUGCCUAAAAUGCAUUCAUAAUGGCACCUAGGGAAGAGGUGUAUUUAGAACCUGUCUCCCCAUUUCCCUUUGACCCUCAGCAGACUAGUUGCUUCUUGCGUCUUGGGCUUCACACCCAUGAGUUACCCAGCUGCACACUGCUGUGUGGGAAUUUAACAUUGUUCCCUCCCCUCUUGUUGUACAGUGAUGGGAAACAAAAGGGUAUAUCAUUUAAGUGGGGACUAUCCCAUCAUAUAUCAAGCAGGAGAAAGGGCCCCGUUUAAAAAUAUAGAACCAAUAUGGUUUCCCCUUUCCUAUGAGCAGCUGACAAGAGUCAUAUUUAACAGCCUCCAGGAGAUCACAGUACAGGGAAUUUGAAGUGCAUACCUAUGAAUAGUCAGCAUUAAAGUACUGCAGUGUAGUCUUUAAACGAGACUCUCCUUAGGCCUAUAGCAGAGUUAGUAAAAGAAGAUUCAAAUCCAUAGAGUUGGGAGCCAUUGUCUUGUCUUAUUCUCAAACCUCGUGGACAAGAACUUAAUACAGUAGUUCCAGACUCAAAUAAGGUGACUGGGUUCUAGAGAGCUAGAAACAAGUGACUGUAGGUCAUUCAGGUCUUUCCUGUUGUGGGCCAUUAGAUGGUUCUUAUUAAAAAUAAUACUUGGGAGGUGCUAUGUAAAAUGUAAAUACCUCACACUAUGGCAUCCUAUAGGGGGAUAAAAAAAAUUUAAGUUUUAGAAAUAUUCAGCAAAUCUUUCUAUUGAUGAACAGAACACCAUUUUUAAUCGCUAAUUUGUUAUUAACAAGCCCCUGUCAUCAGUUGGUUGGAUUAGAAAAUUAGAAAAUUGCAGAUUUGAAUAAAGCAGAGGAUUCCAGGCUCUCAGGGUGUACUGCUGAUCUUGCCCAAGGUGGCAGUGAAUUGGCCCCAGUGCUAGAAAAUGGAAAGUUCAGCCAGAUGUCAGACUGCAGUAUGUCAAGGUGUGUUAUUUGGUUAAAUUGCAUGUGACAUUCACUGUCACUUGGACAGGACACUGGAGGGCAACUGGCACAGGUGUUAGUGCCUUCUGAGGGGUUGGGGUAAAAGGAAGGAAGGUCUGGCACCGAUCAGUGUUAAGCCAGCACUGAUUGCAUCUGAAAUGGCAGCAACCUCCGAUGUUACUGUGAUCUUUUCAAGAUAACUUUCCUGACCAUUUCAAAUUGUCCUCCUGUGCUGCUGAAACUUAUCUAUUGUGAUCUGAGUUCUUCAACAGACUCUGGUCCACUUACUCUCCUCCACCCUUUUAAACUGUGCCGUCACAGCUGUUAACUGUAAUGAAUCUCCACGCUCCCAACAGUAUUCCUUGUAAAGGUAGAAGUAAAACUUUCCCCAUCACUAAUUCAGUGUACCCUCUGAAUUGCUCAUCUUUGAAGCUGGUUUGUAAUAAGCAGAGGCUGCUUGUGCUUUGGGAUUCUAGCCUCGUAGAAACAAAUAGUAUCUGGCACCAGGAGCAGCAUUUACUUUGGCCACUAGAUGACACUGCUGCAUCCAGCUGGUUCUGUUCUUCUGUGGCUGCAGCUCCAGCACUGAAGGGGUGAAGGAAAACAAACUUGCCUGUUCUUUAGCAACCGUGAUAUUACACUGCUCGGGCCAGAAACCCGGAUAGCCUUCAGCUGGCUGCUUUCCAAACAGCAAAGGUUUGCUGCCAGCAAGUGAAUAGAUACCAUUGUCAUCAAAUUUACCUGGCUAAGCUAGGGCUGGUUGAAUGUGCCACCUUUUCUACACCAGCAUUGCAGAUUUUAAACAUUGUUCUGUACAGGCAUACUCCUGACAUUAGGAGGAGGUCAUGAGCAGCAGAACAACUCUCCUCUUGUUUCAAUAAGUUUACCAAAGAGGUGUAAACCAUUGCCUGACUUAGCACUGGAAGUAGCUCCUCAGUAUGAACAUGUUGCAGAGAAAGAGAAUCUGGCAGUUUCUUACCUGACUGAAACUACUUUUGCUAAUAGAGCCGCUAUUGCAGCUCAGUGUGGGUUAGAUUUCCCAUCACUAGGUCUUCUGCAAAUGCUUAAUGCAGUAUUAUCAAAAUUCCUUUUGCGCUAUCUUAACCAGUUAAUCUUCCCAUGUUAACACCCAUGGUAGAAAAUAGCACAAGUACAUGUUUACAAAGGAACAACACCCUUAUGAAAUCGGUCAUAACCUUCAACCGAAACAUAGAUUUACUUGGAACUAGUGAUCUUUCUCUUCCCUGUUCCACUGUUAGUGCUGUCACUAUUGAUCAUAUUGGUAGACAUAAAAAAGUGAAUACACCCUCAUGAAUGGAUGAGCAAUAAUGCAUCAUAAAAGCCAGAAUUGUUCUAGUAGGUAAGGCUUUGCGUCAGAGUGCAUAUAAAGAAAUUUACCCAUUUGUGUGAUAUCAGUAGUUUAACACUUCAAAUUUUCCCCACGAACAGUGAACAAGCCCAUAACAAUCAGUGUGGCAUGGUUAAAAAUAACUUCUACAAAAUCAUCUGAGACAUUUGAACGUUGCAGGAGAGUAUAAAAGAGGAAAAAAAGAUCAUUUUCAAGCUUCAGAGAAACUGCUGCACCAACAGUAAAUAACUUAAUUUGCCAUUUUUUUAAAGAAAAGUAUUAAUGAUCUCUUACUGAUCUAAUGUGUAAAGAGCAAUUAACCUCUAACUGACCUCAAAAAAAACAGCCAUUGCACUUUGUGACUUUAAAAGGGGGAGAUGCAGCUUUAUUUUAACAGCACAAUAAUGUUUUACGUGAUAUAAUACUCCUGUCCUUAGCAGUGCGGUGAUUUAGUGUGAAGGACCCAAUAUGGGAUUUGCUAGCCGCUCAAAGACUUUUGCCUACCUUCCCAUCCAUUAUACUUCACUGGAGCCCUAGAGAGACCUCUGAUUUUCAUUUUUCAACUAUGAUUUAUACAAUACAGCCACCUUUCUGAGACUGUGGAAACAUACAAUACACCUGAAAAAUGCUUUAACUAUUGGAAUUCUUGUAUGUUUGCAUUAUAUGUUGUGACUACACACAUGCCACAUGGUCCAUGGUUCUGACCAUUAGUAAUAUUUUUAUACGAAUUUUUCCUGUAGCACUUUAGAGUCGCCACUUUCUGUUUGUUGGUGGGGGGAAGGGUGGGUAGUUUUAUUUCUCAAUCAUUUCAAAUGCCUGCAUCGUACAAACCAGGUAUUUAGUUUGAUUCACUUAUCUAUUUAGAAUUAAUAGAUUUUAGCUGGUUGGAGACACGGAUGCAGCAGAAAGGUUGGCCUUUGAGCAAGGGAGAGGAAAAUCCAGCCAGAGUUCCCACUCCCUGGCCUGGCCCGGCCCCUGCUAGAAUAUUUGUGUGUGGAAGUCAGGCAAUUGGGGUUGACUUUGGUACUUUGCAUGGGUGACUGGCCUGCCAUCGCUCGUUGCCUAGAUUUAAAGAGGAAUAACAGUCAGGAAGGCCACGCACUGGAGUGGCUGCAGGAGCAUGAAGAGGGAAACAUUUCCAGAAAAGAAUCAAACUUUUAUCUUCAUUCCUCAUUGUCUCGGGAGUCACGUUAACCCAGUCUCAAGUUAAUUGGGACAGAUGCACAGCUAAGUACUGCAUUGGAACGGUGGCACGCCAGACUAGUUAUCAGCUUCACACACUGAUCUGUUCCUGUGUUCCGAGUGGUCUGAGCAACCCUCGACCUCACCCAGCCCGAGCUGCCUGACCUGAAAACCGGCGCAGAUUCCAUCCUGACAUUGCCAAUUUUGAGACUCUGCACCCUGAACCCAAACAAAUUUGGGUUCGCUUUUCAUGUCAAAAAUAUUCAAAUAAGUCCUGUGAAGUUUUGUUUUCCUACUUAAUUUUUUUCUUUUUUUUAUUUUCUUCCUGGAGUAUAUGCUCUGUAGGUUGUGGACUGUUAAUUGGGACACUUAAAUUUGCAUUUUGCUUGUUCAUUCCUGUACUUCUGCUGUGCCUGCCUCUGUAAUGGAGAAUUCCAUCAAUGUUUUAAGCAUGUGACCUGGAACUGCUAGCUUCAUUCUCAAGUGUCACAGCCACCAGCACUUAAAUCAGAGUCAGGUACUUCACUGAAGACACUUCCUUCCUUCCAUCUUUUCCCAAUAGUUUGGUAUAUAAACUGGGGAAUAGUCAAUCCCUAGUCUUCUAUGCUAGCUGAUCUUAACUGGGGCAGUAGUAGGGACACUACAAUUGGCCUACAUCUAUGGAAUAGGGAAGGAGACUAGUAAGAGAAAUCAACCAGUAUCGCUAUCUAGAUACUCAUACUGGAAAGUUCUAGAGUGAGUGAGGGCAGGAUUACUCUCAGCACUGAUGCCUGGCUUAGGUGAAGGGUGGUAACUUGUUAUGAGAUACUGGAGGGAAACUAAUCUUUCUGGACCUGGAGUUCAGUGAGAGUUGGCAUUUGUGGCCAUGAAGGAGAGAACACCGUGUGGCUGAGGUGUAUCAGCUCUACAAAAACCUCAAACCGCACCUUGUAUCAGGUCACCUGGAUUUUGACUAGUAGUCUAACUAUAAGGUGGACUGGGUAUUGCUUUAAUAAUCAGCAGUAUAACUAGACUCCCCAAGAGUUUCCAGUUUCUCCUUAACUGGGCCUAAAAGAAUGAUGCAGAUGAGAAAUAAAAUACCAAAACAGCUAACUACAACCCUGAGAGAUUGCAGUGGCUGUUCAUGGGCUAGUAAAUUGGCAGUGGAUGAUACUUGAAAUGCCUCUUUUAUACAUGCACAUGAUACUUAUAACACUCGAGUGACUGUAGCCGAGACUGAUGCAAUGAAUUGUUUGCUCUGGCAACUGGAUAUAAGGAUUCCUUGUAAAAUGUAUUUGGGGUAGUUAAUGUGGAUCAUAUCAAUGCGUAGAAAAAUCCCUAAUGAAGCACUAAUCUGCCAAUCUCAGUCAGACUAUUGGAGGCUGAUAUGAAAAUAUUGAGGAUGCACACUUUGUUUUAAAAGACUAGAGGCUUUACUCUAAAUAUCAAUUGGUGCUGACACUAAGUUUCCGCAGCACUAGGCUAUCUCACCUUAAUGAACACGAAAAGGUUAUAAAUGUCACUGCCUAGUGCUGGGUGCAUCAUACCCAUUACCUUACUGCACCGUGUCUUAAAGGAGGAUUGGGCCUACUUAAACAUCAUUACAAGUGGUGGCAGAAACAGGAUUAUGUGGCUUCUUGUUACUGAAUGGACCAAGUGAAUUUACUGUAAAAGUGCUGUAAAUAUUCAAAAUUUUAUGACUUGCAAUAUGUUGAGAAAAACCCAGAUGUAGACACUUUUUAAAUCUAAAAUAUAAUUUUUAUGUUUUAGUUUUCAUUAAUAAAAUGGUUUUGAAAAUCUGAA